AUGUCCGACGACUACCAAGUACCCACCUCAGUGCCCUCUACAAAUCCCACCCAAGCCCCCAAUCCCUACAGCGCAUCGGGGAUCCUAGGUGACGGACCCGCCAUCAAAUAUCUCUGCGGCGAUUGCAACGCCAGUGUUAUGUUGAAGAGAGGUGAUCCUAUUAGAUGUAAGGAGUGUGGUCAUCGAGUUUUGUACAAGGAGAGGACUUCUAGUUUGAGGCGAGAUGAUUGGCUUUUAGUGGGCGGAGUGGAUGGUGGAUUAGAGGCAGAUGCUUCUGGGCUUGUAUAUGGAGGGACGUAG